AUGGGCCUACAGGUUAGGUUAUCCUCGUCGACUGCGCAGGCACUGUGCCCCCCCCCCCCCAAGAGGCCCCCAAAAGCUGAGGAUGCCGUCAGAAACUCCCCAGGUGAGAUUGCGAGGGCGAGCUCACUUCCGACGGGAGGCAUUGCCCUUGGACUAUCGCCUGAUGCGGCGAUAUGCGCAGUAGUGCGUCGUAACAUGCAUGCAGCUUCGGAAAGAUGCAAUGUCCUGUGUGGUGAACUGUGCUUCAUGCGAUGCAAUGCGAGCCUGGAGUCUGCCGACUCUUUUGUGCGCGCUGCAGCUAGAGGUACGUACUGGGUCGCCGGUACAUGGGCGCAUCUCUGCUCGAGGCGAUGCGAUGUUGCGACCCAGCAAAGGGCAUCCAGACAGGUGUGUCGGCUAGACAUGCGCCUUGAUGGGGAUGCUACCAAAACCGAAUAG